AUGCAAUCACACUUACGUGGUAUUCAUGGGCAGCUGUCUGAUAUCUUAGCAGAUGAUGCAACAGCUGCUUUGGAAGAAGAGAUCAGAACCCUGCGGGGUAGACUAGCUGCAUCAGAAGAGCUGUUGCGGUUGAGACGUAGGGCUGGGCACUUUGAUGCACGCACAGAAGCUUUGAUUGCCGACAUUGCACGUGCCUCCACACCUGGUCCUGUCAAUGUGAUCCAAGAAAGGGCUUCAACUGUGAAUUUGGGCCAAAACAGCAGAGCUGAUGAUGGCCAAGCAGGUCGGGACAGCAGAGGUGAAGCUCGGCCAUCGUUGGAGGUCAGCAGAGCUGACUUUGAGUCACAGUCAGAGCGCGGAGAAGAGGAACAAAUCACAGAAGGGCCUUUAGAAGCCAUCCCUGUUCAUGAUCGUCCUCCUUUCGAGCCGUUGCCAGAGGCCACGGCCAGCGAGAGCUCCUGGGAAACUGGCUUGAGAUCACAGCAUUCAACAGUUACCGUAGCGCACCUUCAGGCUGAGAAUGCACGAUUGCAAGAACAAAUGGGCCAACAGAUGGCAUUGAUGCAGCAGGUCCUGAACACUCUGCAACUCAGCCGGCUGUCAGAGACGCGUCUUCAGGCUUCGGAAAAGUUGCACGCUGAGCCGCUCAAGUCUUUGCCCCAGUUGCCAGAAAAGGUGAGUGCUUAUGCUGUGCACUUGCAAGGUGAGGCUCGCACUUUGUCGCUUGCUGAGGACCAGGACAAAAGCAGCAACAGCAACGCAAGCAAACAACAGCAUCACCCAGGAAACAGCCACGCCGCCACGAAACAGAUGGAUGAGUUGGCUGCUCGAUCCGCUGGCGUGCAUAACCCGCGCCAAGACGACAACAGGCAACCCGCGGCUGCCCGCCCCUGCAAGUUCUUUAGCAAAGCGUCUGGAUGCCGUAAAGGUGGUGCUUGUUCUUGGCGGCAUGCUUGGUUGGAUCCUUCGUCUGGUCGCUGUUUUCACUGUGGCUCGUCUGCUCAGAAGGCGUCGGCGUGCGACCGUCCCACCCGCUCGGAUGGUGGCCCACACAAACCCCUUCCCGCAGGUAAGGCUAAGGCUGCCCCCAAACCAUCCCCCAAGGCCCUUCCAGCACCACAAACAGGAAUUUCUGACGCGUCCUUGGCGGAGUUGGUGGCUAAACAGGUGCGUACCACAAUGCUUGAACUUGUUUCUGAAGCCCGACAGCGUCCUGCUUCCUCUGGUUCCGCUCCGUCUGCCCAACCUGAGCUGCGUGGUGCCCGGUUGGCGCAGGUGGUGUUGCCUGAGGAUUGGCGCUUGUUGCGUGAAGUUGCUGUGAAAGUUGCUUUAGGGCCUGACCAGACGGCCUUCUUGGACGAGCAUGAAGAACUUGUUUCCCCGCAGGCCGGCGACACUGCCAUGUCGUUGGGUCGGUACAUUCAUGCCUUGGACCUUGCCUUCUAUUGGGACCGUGAUGACUGUGAUGAGCCUUUGGCCCGGUGUUUUGCUGCAGCAGUGAAGGAUGUUGAGGCCGAAGAGCACCGUCGAUGUGGCCACCAUCCAUCCCAGCCUGAGUGCGAAAUCUGUCGCUUAGCUGACUCCAGAGGUAGAAUACAUCGCCAUGUCCCAGAUGAUGAAAAGUCACGUCGCGUUUUGGCCUUGGAUUUAACCGGGCCCCACGCAGCAGCAGAGGGUGGUUGGCGUUGGGCUUUGGUGGCAGUUUUUCGCCCUUUGGAAAAAGGCAACCCGUUGCCUUACGUCCGUUGGCUUUUAACCAAGACCCAAACAGAGGUCACUGAAGCUGUGGCAAGUGUGGUCGCGCAAAUUCAGGCGGAGUAUGAAGGCAAGGUUGUGUUCAGGUUGCAUAGUGAUAGAGGCAAACAAUUUGUCAACAAAACUUUGCAUCAGCAUACGCUCCAGCAAGGCUUGUGGUGCACAACCACCGAGGGAAGUGACCCUAGAGCCAAUGGGCUUGCUGAAAGGUAUGUGGGCAUUUUGAAAGAGAAGGCUCGUGCCAUGUUGCUUGACAGCAGGUUGGAUGUAAAGUUCUGGCCAUGGGCUAUGUUGCAUGCUUCAUACCUUCCCCGUAAGCACGCCAAAGGUGAAGAAGUGCCGAAGGACGUGCCUUGCUUUGGAGCUCAGGUGGUGGUGCGGCAAAGGCAAAGGGAUAGUAAUGACUUCAUGCCCAGAGGGCUGUCGGCUCGCUACUUGGGUGUUUGUGAACGAAUUGUAGGUGGCAGCUUUGUGUUGUAUCAAUCUGGCUCGGUUGGGACCACUGCCUGCGCUAGACCUGUCCUUUCCCCUGGUGCUACCCAAACCCCCAACAUAGACUUCGGCAGAAAGUUUCUUGGGCAGAUUUAUGCAGAUUUGGUUGAGGAGGAGCAGGGGGAGCAGGGCACACACCUUGGGACACAACCCCAGCCGGACUUGUCAAGUGAACCGCCUUGGCAAGCAGUGCCCCGCAGAAGGCGUUUGCGUGGAAAGCAAAAGGCGCCACCAACAUGGGAAACACUGCCCCUCUCGUCGGCUUUUCUGGCUCUCGUAGAAAAUGUUGGCGAGCGUGGUGGUGAUGAAGUUUCCGCGCCUGCGGUUUUGCAAGCUGCUGUUGCCAUGGAUCCCGACAGUGUUGCUGUUGAUGUCCCGGCCAAGACCGUUCUUGCGAGUGUUGGUGAAGAAAAGGCGAAGUGGUGGCAAACCGGGGAAACAGAGUUGCAUGGCCUCCAAAGCCAUAUGACUUACGUUCCCAUUGACGCACAGCACAUGCGCCGCUUGAAGGCUGAGGGUGCUGAAGUGCUACUAGCCAAGGCCGUUUGGACUUUGAAGCCUUCUUCCAAGCUGCGAGUUGCGGUUUGUGGCAACUUUAGUGAAAUUUGGGAUGUCGCAGUCGCACGUCCUGUCCUGCGUGAGGCUGCCGGCCACAAGUGGGCAGUUGGCUCCCUUGACAUAAAGUCUGCGUUCCUUAACCCCAUGUUGCCUCAAGAUCGUGUUGUUAUUGUCACUCCGCCUCGGGUGCUUGUAGACAUGGGCUUAAUUCCCGACGGGCAGUACUGGCUUCUCUCUCGUGCCUUGUACGGUCUCCGGGAAUGCCCGCACUUGUGGGCGCAAAAAAGAGACGCCCGGUUGAAUGCUUGA